AUGAACUUAUCUGCGUAAUUGCUCGACAAAGAAAACUCCGACCGCAAGGAGACUUGGGCAACGCCGCCUGGAUAUUGUCUUAUUCAGCAAUUUAACAAAUGUUACUCAGAGGAAAGACUACCAACCCACCUCGGCUAACCGCACGAGAGAGAAGACCAUGCGUCUUUGCACGCGUGCGCGGUAAAGAGCAAAGACCAUCAUGGGUGUUGCGGGCACCACAAUCCAUAGCAGGCGCAGUACCUGGAAUUCCGGCCGAGGAGCCCGGCGGGCAGCCUGCGCAGCAGCAGUCCCCAGCCACGCCGAGCGCGGCAGGCGUGCUGCAGUACCAAAAAGAGCUCCUAGGCGGCAUGAUGUCUUUCCUGGGGCCCGCCACACUCAUUCCCCUGGGAGACCCUCUCAUGUCACUGGUGGACACGGUCUGUAUCGGCCAGUUCGCGGGCACCACCCAGCUGGCAGCUCUGGGCCCUGCCAACCUGGUGUUCUCAUUCGCGCAGUACAUGUUCCAGUCGCUGCAGGUUGCGUCACUCAGCCUGCUGGCCGGCUUCAUGCGGGACGGGCGGCUGCGGCGCAGUGAGGAGGUGCUGAGCACGGCCGUGUUCAUGGCGGCGGUGCUGGGCGUGGCCACCAUGCUGCUGUUCGAGGCCUUCCCGGAGGCCAUCAUCACGGCCACGGGCGUGCGCGACAUGAGCUUGCUGCCGCUGUCUGCCGAGUAUGUGCGGUUGAGGGGACUGGCGCAGCCCGCCGUGCUCGUGACUAUGGUGGCUCAGUCGGGCCUGCUGGCUCAGCAGGACUCGCUCACGCCCGCCAUCACCGUGGCGGUGUCAGUGCUGGUCAGCCUGGUGGGCAGCGUGGUAUUCGUGGCGGGGCUGGGCUGGGGGCUGGCGGGUGCAGCCAUCACCACCGUGGCGUGUCAGUACGUGGGCGCCAUCGCACUGCUUUUCGCGCUGUCCAAGCGCGGCAAGCUGCGCAUCCGGCUGACACUGCCCCGGCGUGAGGUGCUGUGGGAGCUGCUGACCACAAUGGGGCCGCUGUCCAUCACCUACCUGUGCAAGAACGUGUCAUACCUAUUCAUCCAGACCACCGCCGCCACGCUGUGCACCAUCAAGCUGGCGGCGCACCAGGCGCUGUUCUCCGUGUGGAAUCUGCUGUCAUGGACCAUCACGCCCUUCGAGCAGGCGGCGCUCACCUACCUGCCCGGCACACGCGGCUGGCGCAAGCGGGCGGGCAUCACGCUGCUAGUGGGGCUGGGCGCGGUGGGCGGCGUGCUGUGCGGCGUCGUGCUGGCGGCUCUGGCGUGCCUGGCGCCGCAGCUGUUUACCCGCGACGUGGACGUGUGGCCGCACAUGAACAACGUGGCGGCGCUGGCGUCCGCGUCCAUGUUCGCGCUGGGCAUUGACGUGGUGUCCAGCGGCGUCAACAUUGGCAUGGGCGACGCCAAGUAUGUGGCUCAGUCGUACAUCAUCACGCUGGUGGCGCUGGGCGGCUUCAUGGCGGUCAGCCGCGCCAUGGGCUGGGAGCUGUGGGGCGUGUGGUGCGGCGUGGUGGUGUUCUUCAGCGUGCGGGCGCUGCAGAGCACCGGCCGCACGCUGUGGGCGCACCUGCGCCGCGGCACGCCCGAGCAGGAGGCGGCGGAGGAGGCGGCAGCGGCCGCGGCGGCCGGCGAGGGGCGGCGGGUGAUCCAGCCCACUCUGUGGAGCACGGACGUGGACUCGCCGGACCAGCAGUCGGAGGCGGCGGCGCGCAACUCCUGGGGUACGGAUGCGGUGGAGCAGCUAAAUGGGUCAGCAGGCAGCAACGGGGCGGGGACAGGGACAGGGGCAGCGCCAGAGUCCGGGUCGGGGUCCGUGGUUCGGAGGGCCGCGGCGUCGCCAGGUUCUUUCCGGAUCUCGCCGGCUGGGAUGCCCAGUCAAAAGCCGGCGGGGGGGUCAGGACCCGCCAGCAGCAGCGGCGGGGCAGCGGCAUCGGGGUGAAGAGGCACAACGGCUGCGAUGCUGGACGUGUAGGUGGGCUGGUGAGUGUGCGACAGAGAGAGGGAGACAGAGCGUCAGAAAGAGAUAAACAUAGAGGACUAGUAUGUUGUCAAUACAACGAUGGGUUUGUGCAGAUGUGCGGUGCAAGCGUGAGCCAGGGAACGUAGCGGUGGAGCAAUGGAGAGCGCGUGCUACGUCUCAGUGUGCGGCAUCGAGCUGGGUGGGUAUCCACACAUGGAUUGAAUAAAGCAGCGUCCGCGCGGCGGUGUACUGACAAUUGCUGGGUGUUGGGAGAUUGAUGAGCUGCUGCGGGCGGAGGAGCUUUUGCAAGGUUGAUGAGCGCGCGUCUAAACUGUGCUUGAGUAGGUAGAAGCGCUGUAGAGUGCUGGAGGGCACCGGCGAUAGACAGAACAGCUGCUGUGCUGUUAGCUUUUUAGGAGGGGGGGCAAGUGGGCUGCGCCUAGAACGAUGCAGGACCCGUGGAUAGGCGCUGUGGCCAUGACUUACACGCCGGCACAUAGUUUGGCAGUUUCGGACACGAUAUGGGUUUACACGAUCCAUGGCUGACAAUCUGAUACGCAACAGCAUGUGUACCUUCCCGCUGCAACUGAAGCAGUACUCUUGGGG